AUGUAUUCCCACCGUAUACAGUACUUGAGGGUACUCUUCAGAGCACCCUUGAGAGGAUUUGCCUCUCGGGGUGAUCAAGAUAUACAAAUAGCCAGAGAUUGGCUCGAGACCUUCAAUUCCAAAACCAUCCCUCGGAACAUUUGCGAGGUCUCUUUCAGUCGGUCUGGCGGUCCGGGUGGGCAAAACGUGAACAAGGUCAACUCCAAAGCCACCUUGAAAGUCCCAUUGGAUGCGUUGCUACCCUUGGUGCCCCGUCUGAUACAUCAUCCACUACGCGCUUCGCGAUAUGUCGCCGAAAGAACCCAAUGUCUAGUCAUCCAGUCAGACGAGGAGCGGAAACAGUCCAACAAUGUGGAAUCCUGCUUUAACAAGCUUAAUCAGCUGUUGCAGUCCUCGGCUAAGGAGGUGAUUCCUGGAGAAACAUCUCAAGCGCAGAGAAAUCGCGUGCAGAAGUUACAAAGGGCUCAAAAUGAGGGUCGGAUAAAAGACAAGAAACAGCACAGCGAGAAGAAAAGUAGUCGUCGGGGAAGCAAAUACGACGAUUGA